AUUGGCAACAAGAAGACAACAACGUGACCAAGUGUUAAUGAAAAAAUAAAAAAGAAGAAGAAGCAACAACUGUUCGGAUAUAAGAUAAGCAAACGAAUCAAUCACAGUGUGAAAAGGAGCGGGAUCGGGGAAUAUGGGAAAAUCGCAAAGCAAAGUGCAGACGAAAAAGAAGGCAAACAAGAAAUUAACGACGGAAGAGGUACAAACACUAGAACAAGUCACUUAUUUCACAAAAAAGGAGCUCAAAAAAUGGUACAAAGAUUUUGUGAGAGACUGUCCCAGUGGAGAACUCAAGAUGGAAGAAUUUCAAGGAAUCUACAAGCAGUUCUUCCCAAAUGGUGACCCAUCAAAGUUUGCUGCUUUUGUGUUCAAUGUAUUUGAUGACAAUCACGAUGGUCACAUUUCCUUCAGUGAAUUCAUUGCUGCAUUGUCAAUCACAUCCCGUGGCACAUUAGACGAGAAGCUAGAUUGGGCAUUCUCACUAUACGACGUGGAUAAAGACGGCUUUAUUACAAAGGAUGAAAUGGCUGAUAUUGUCGAUGCAAUUUAUAGCAUGAUUGGAAAUAUGUUGGAACUCCCAAAAGAUGAGGACACGCCUCAAAAGCGAGUGGAAAAAAUAUUCACAAAUAUGGACAGGAACCUAGACGGUCAAUUGACAAGAGAAGAGUUCAAGGAAGGCUCAAAAGCAGACCCUUGGAUUGUACAAGCGCUCACGAUGGACAUUUCAAGCUGAUGUGAGAUGAAUGUGAACAUUAAAUGAGUAAAAGUAUUAUAAAUUCGCCUGAUAUGUACACCGUAUAUCACAGAUUUGCCUUUUCCUGCGAUCCUCAUUGAAUACGUAAUAAUAUUUUGAUUAUCGGAUAUUGAAUAAAAUGAAAAAUGUUGGUAAA